GAAAGCCAAAUCCACAGAUUUGAUAGUCACAACACAUCACUACUAUUUUUUUUUUUUCCUUCUCCGAGGAAGUGAAACACCCCCAAACUCCUCUUCUGCACUCUUUCCCAAACACCACCAAACCAAGAAAGCCAAAACACGUUAUAGUACAUCGCUAUCCCUUCUCCUGUGCUCCCCUGUUCCAUUACUCAUCCAAGCUGGGAUCAGAAAUUAUAGCCUUCUCUUUGAUCAUUCUUUUUAACUAAGUGAAAAGAUCAGAAGGUGGAGGAGCAAUGAGAACAGAGUCAAGGAAAUCCAAGUCUUCUUGGUUAGCUGUGAGGAAGUGGCUGAAUGUAAAGAGCAAUUCCGAUGCCAAGUUCCAUUCAGAUAAUUGCCGUGUAACAGAGAGGAAAAAUAGUUGCUCCGACCAAGAUAGUAACGCUUUCGUACCUGAUCAUUUCUCAGAUUGGUUGAAGGAUUCUACAAAUGGAAUGAAAGGUUCAGCAGUAGGAGAGAAGGAAACAAGUCAUGUCACUACUAAUGCUAUGAACCUUAGGAUGUUUGCUGGGACGUGGAAUGUUGGAGGGAAGUCACCGAAUGAAGGAUUGAACUUGAAAAGUUGGCUGACGUCUCAUUCUCCAGCUGACAUUUAUGUUAUUGGGUUCCAAGAAAUUGUGCCCCUAAACGCAGGGAACGUGCUUGGACCGGAGGACAGUGGCCCAGCAUCAAAGUGGCUGGCCCUCAUUCGUGAAGCCUUGAACACCAAUGAUAUUAUUGAUACAGAAACAACCUCUCCUCUUACCUCGUAUCUCACGAGUGAUUCUGAUUCCAGACACUAUUGCCAAGUAACAAGCAAGCAAAUGGUUGGUGUCUUCUUGUCCGUGUGGGUCCGAGCUGAUCUUUGCAACCAUCUCACCAAUUUAAAACUCUCCUGUGUUGGCAGAGGCAUCAUGGGCUAUCUUGGAAACAAGGGUUCAAUAUCAAUUAGCAUGACAUUGUACAACACCACAUUCUGCUUUGUAUGCACCCACUUAGCCUCUGGAGAGAAAUUUGGUGACGAGUUGCGAAGAAACUUGGAUGUGUCUGAAAUCUUGAAGAAAACUAAAUUUUGCCACUCCUUUAAGUCCCUUCUUCACCCACAAACCAUACUAGAACAUGACAUUAUUAUUUGGCUUGGGGAUUUGAAUUAUCGCCUUGCUGCUGGUUACGAUGAUACACACGAGCUUCUAAAGAAGAAUGAUUGGGAGGCAUUACUAGAGAAGGAUCAGCUAAGGAUAGAGCAGAGAGCUGGUAGAGUAUUCAAAGGGUGGAAUGAAGGAAGCAUAUACUUUGCUCCUACAUACAAGUACUUGACCAAUUCUGACCAAUAUGUGGCCCAAACCUCCAAGUCCAAGGAAAAACCAAGAACCCCUGCUUGGUGUGAUCGAAUUCUGUGGAAAGGGGAAGGCCUCAAUCAGAUGUGGUAUGUGCGAGGAGAGUCCAAAUUCUCAGACCACAGGCCAGUGUCUUCACUAUUCUCAGUUCAAGUGGACAAGUCAAGUAAGAAUCUCACUCCUUCUGCUGCCACUGUCACCAGGUCCUGCUCCUUAAAACCAUUGACAAGUGCUGCAUUUUCAUCCACAUGCGCUGCUAAAGUCCAAGCAGAAGAGCAGCUUAUGUUGCUAACAAGAGCUCAAAGUUGCAUAGUCAGCGCGCCGAGGUAAUUCUAUGGUCCAGAAGCUGUUCACAGAAGCUUCUCCGCAAAAUUGAUUCUGGCUCCAAAAUCUAUUGUUUAUGGAUUUUCAACCAUGUAGACCGUGCGAUUUUCAAGGUUGGCUCAAUCACUAAGUUGCCGCAGCUGGUGGGCCUAGUGUGUGGAAUUGGAUGGCUAAUCAUCAUGCAUCUAUAUCCAGAACUGGGGAUACCUCUAUGAAGAAUAUUAAUCUGAUGAGGAAUUUUAGAAGAAUGGAUAAAAAAAUAAGUACUUUAGGAUCCAUCUUUUGGGGUACAUUAUGGUAUCUUUUUCAUGUACCAUAAACAUCUCCUAGUGUAAUUUUUUACAAGAGAUUUUUGGUGGAAUUUAGGUGGAGAGUUGAUGAUCAAUGUGGAGUGGACAGAAAAUCUCACCACUUUAAACACACCACAACUCUGGUAACUAGGAGAGCUGUCAAUAUGCAACAUGACACAGCAAAUUUUGAGGUAGAGAAAAUUGAUGUUAUUAUCAUAUUUGUAAAUUUUAAAUUGCAAUAGUAAGAAUGAUUGUAAAUUGUACAAUAUUAUGCUACAUACAGUUUUUAGUACAAUUAUAAAACUUGUAUUCAUAAAACUGAUUAUGGACUGAUGAUGCCUCACUAGCAUCAUGUGCUGGGGAAGGUUCGCUUGUAUAUGUAUAGUAAUGAUAUAUGAUAUAUUUCUGGG